AUGUGGUGGCAAGCAGUUACAAUUAUCCUUGUGGCGUUCGCUAUCAUUUGCCGUUCGGAUUACUGUGGAUCCGAUCAAAUUGCUUAUGGGAUGGAAGUUCAUCAUAGUGGAGUUAUAAGGCUAUUGUGCUCCAAACCCAACUGUUUUGAUAAAAACUACUCGGACUGCCCAGAACGUGCUGAAAGUCCUCAAGGGUGCAAGAAGUCGAACGAUUGGGUUGGAGGUUUUGAUAAGAACAUCGAAGGAGAUCUAUCGGUGAUGUGUUGUGAAUAUGAGGGGUUGGAGAAAUAUGCAAAAAUACGGUAUACAGAUGUCCGAAUUCGAAGAGGCGAAUUUUUUGAAGGCGAAGAAAAGGAGAAUGCAGAUGGAGAUGUGAUAAAGUUCGAUGUGAUCAAAGAUAUUCGAAUGCAUAGGGAUUCAGAUGGACACGCCUACUACAACCUAACAGUUCUUUCAUUCGACUGUGAAUCAAUUCCCGAUGUCAAACCAGCGUGGUUUCAAAAAAGUCAAUGGCCCUACUUCCAAUACAAGAAGGC